UAAGCACUGAUCUAGAAUCACUUUUCCUAGAUUCAGCUUAAGCGUACACAAUUCAACGGCAUGAGAACUUCUUUAAUAUUCCUGACAAUCGUUGGAUUGGCUGCUUGCUCAACACCAUGGCAGGCAAACCAACAAUAUGAGUAUUCAUACACUGCAAAUACCCUUACUGGCUAUGGCCUAGGUAAGGAUCAAUAUGUAGGUAUCAUUACAAAGGGAAAAUUGAUUCUGCAACCUGAAUCGGAAUCCGUUGUUCGAGGAAAGCUGUCACAAGUCCGUCAUGCUCAUUUCCACGAUCAAUUGAAGGAUGGCUUCAACAGCAAAAUCCCCGAUCAAAAACUCAGCUUCAACGAUGAACCACAAUCUGAAUCAUUCUUCAGCAUCAACUAUAGAAAUGGUGUAAUCCGUUCCUUGGAUGUGGAUCAAUCUAUGAGUAACGACGAAGUCAACCAACUGAAAGCUGUUCUCUCCCAAAUGCAAGUUGACACUACUGGAGAAAAUGUCAUCAAAUGUCGCCAUAAUCAAUUACCAAGAGAAUCAGCUGGCCAUACUAAUGCUCUCUACAAGACAAUGGAACCAACAGUUACUGGUGAAUGUGAGACUUUGUACGAAAUGACAACAAUUCCAGCUUUCAGUGUUACCGAGCAAACAGAAAAAUGGGCCAGAGACACACAACUCAACGAAAACCUUUUACAAUUCGUGAAGACCACGAACUACAGCAACUGUGACGUACGUCGUGGGUACCAUUUCGGUAUCUCUGGAGCAUCAGACAUGAAACCAAACUCUAACCAGAUGGGAGAGUUCUUAUCCAAAGCUUCCGUUACCCGUGUUAUUGUUACCGGUCCCCUUGAACAGUUCACAAUCCGGUCCGUUGAAACCACAAACCGUGUCGCUGUUAGCCCAAUGCUCUAUGACGAUGAACAAGCUGAAGUUGUGAGUCGUAUCGCUCUUGAACUUGAGUCUAUUGCUCCUAUUGAAUCUUCACUAGCAGUCAAUGCAGAAAACUUGAUCCACGUUGGGAACUUAGUAUACCGUUACAACAUUCCCUCUGAUAACCAAAAUCAACCAAGGACAUCAGCUAAGAGUUCCAAUGAUGAAUUAUCUUUAUCCUCUUACCAAGAAGAACAUGGUCAGCGACACCGUAGAAACAUUGAAUCUGAUAAUCACAUCCAAAACCGAAAGCAUAUGUCAUCUUCUUCAUCUUCUUCCUCUGAAGAAUCUUCUGAGGAGUUCAACUCACACAGCUAUGCUGCCAGGUUUCCUCACCACUACCAACCCCACCCAACGACUAAGCAAGCCGCUGAACAACCACUUCACCCAUUCUCAAUCGGAAACAAGGGGCGCAGUAUCCAGUAUCAUAACUCCAUCGAUGUUGUUGCAGAAAGUCGAAAACUAGCUGAAGAAAUUGCCACCGAUCUGCAAUCACAAGCAGAAAUAGCAACCCGUGACACCUUAGAGAAGUACACCAUUUUGGCUGAGCUCAUCCAAACAAUGGACUUCAAGCAAAUUGAACAGAUGGUUUCUCUCCGCAACCAACGCCAAGGCAACAUGCAGUUAGAAGAACAAUUAGUUGAAAACACACUUCUGGAUGCCGUUGCUCAAGCCGGUACGAAUCCCGCCCUGUCAUGGAUAGUUAAAAACAUCUCCAACGGACAUAUUCGUGGAAGUCAGGUUGCAAGCCUUUUAGAAACAGCUUUCAAAAACUUGCGCACUCCAACCGAACCAAUUGUCCGUGAAAUUUUUGAGAACAUCAUCAAAAACGAAAAAGUCCGCAAAUACUCAGUGCAAUAUCCAAGCAUUCUCAUUAACUAUGCUGACCUGUUGCGCCGUGCUUACUCUGACAAAAGCUACGCUCACAACUACUAUCCCGUACAAGCGUACGGAUCAUUCGAAAAGGCUCUUGGUGAGAUUGUAACCAAGGAAAUUGUUCCCUGGAUGGGACAACGUCUGGUCGAGAACAUCAACAACAAAAACCAACAACGCAGUCUGAAGUACAUCCGAGCUUUGGGUAAUGUUGCACAUCCCAAAAUAGUUGAAAUCUUUGAACCCUAUCUGGAAGAUGAGAAGCGCGCUACAUCAUUUGAACGCUUGGCUAUUGUUGCUGCCUUUGAUAAAAUUGUCGAGUCAUACCCUAAGUACGCCCAAAAGAUUCUAUUCAAAAUCUACAGCAAUGUAGCUGAUGAACCAGAGAUCCGCAGUAUGGCUGUAGUUCUCUUAAUGCGUACUGACCCACCUACAGCUAUUCUCCAACGAAUGGCAAUGUCAACUUACAACGACCCGAGCACUGGUGUAAGAAGCACCGUCAAAUCAGCUAUCAACUCCGCAGCUCAACUGAUCUCAAAUGAAAACGCUAACUUAGCUGCAAACGCUAAGGCUGCUCAAAAAUUCUUGAACCCAUAUACUUUUGGCCUUCAGAACUCAAAAACGUCACUUAGAGAUCAUGUGGCCCAGGUUCUUCGAAUUUCAGAAGAAUAUCAAAUGAGUCAUAUCAUCGGAAAGGAUGAAUUCCCCAAUUUUAUGAGUUACACUUCCUGGAAGAACUACGGAGGCAUCAGUAUGAAUGAAGUUGAUGUCCAAGUCUUGUUGUCCAGCGUAAGAAAUGUAUUUGAUGCCAUCAUUUAUAAUGGAAAAUCCACUCUUUCUGGAUCUCAAACUUCAAAGUACACUGCACAGAAAAUUAUGAAACAAUUUGGCAUUAACUUCGGCUCGGAAAACAAUCGGGAAGCAGCAGGACAGAUGCUCUUUAAAAUAUUCGGGCGCAAGAACUUCCUAUCUUUCGAUGGAAAGACUCUUCAAUCAGCACCUGCUCAACUUGCCGGAAUUGCCCAAGAACUAAUGUCUGGCCACCAAAUGCAGUUUAACAAAAUUUAUGAUCAUCAACAGAUUGAGGUCGCCUUCCCUCUGGCUACCGGAUAUCCAUUCUACUACAGCUACAAGACUCCAAUAUUGGUACAAACAUUGGGAGACGUUAAGGUCAAGACUACACCCAGCCUCACCAACUCCAAGGCCUGGUCAAACAUUUACGACACUCAAGCUAUCAACGCAACUUCAAAGGUACGUUUCACUUUUAGCAUGGAAAAGAUCGGUAAGGCUGGUUUCAUUACUCCAUUCGAACAACAACGCUAUGUUGCUGGUCAAAUUCAAAAGGUACAAGUUCACGUGCCUAUGAGUGCUAGCUUGAAUAUUGAUUUGAAGAACAAUGCCAUAUCAGGAAAGGUUGCUCCCUUAGCUACUGACAACAAAGUAAAACUCUUGCACCUCAGCUCAUGGCCAUUCACUGCACGAAAGGACGCUCUCAGUCUCCGCCCAGUUGUUGAAGCCAAGGAAAUCAAAUUGAUCGAAGUUCGCCCAACUGUAGGAGACGACCAAACAUUCGGUGAGGACACCAUUGGUAUGGCUUUCAACUUCAAAUCACAACAUCAAUUCUCCCAAAAUGCUGUCAAUAGUAUGGAGCGCUUGCUUCAAAGAGAAGGAGUUAAGCAAUACGCUCAACUACCAAUGAGCCUAAUAUUGACAAUGCAGUCCCUUGUUAAACAACAAAAUAUUGUCAACCCAGCUCAAUUUUUGCCUUAUACAUUUGAACCAACUUCGCAAAGCACAACUUCUGGAAACAUUUUACUCUCCCUUCUUACAAUGCCUUUCUAUGAAGACAUGGACAAUACUGACUUGACUAAACUUCGUGCAGCUUUGUCUUUGGCUUCCUUGCCUUUUACUGAUGCUAGAGAAUUGAAGGAAACUACCCAACAAGACGACAUUUCUGCUAACGGUCCAUGGCCAAAGAGUGGAGUUGCCCAUUAUAAGUUUACUCUGAGUCUGGACUUGCAGCGCUCUGCCAACCAAGCAGUUAAGUUUGGAGUUCAAAUCGAUAAAAAAACAGACUUGAACGAAUUCAAUAGCAAGAAACCAUUAUCUUUUGUUGAUGAAUCGAAACUUGCUCUCGUAUCUGAUAUUGCACCUAACAGUGAGUCUCGUCGCGAAGAAAUGAUUUUGAAUGCAGCUCGUGACAUAAAACAAGCAACCGCAGCACUGAUUGAUUCAGCCUUGAUCUUUGAUGGAUCGAAGCCUGCUAAAUUCGUUGGAAGCCUUGCUCAAGCUGAUAACUCACUUGGAGAUAAGACACGUAUUUUGCUUUUCGGAAGUGUUAAGACUGCAAAUGGGGGUCCAACAAAACAGGUCUAUGCUUCUUAUAUCAGAAACUAUUCCAACGCUCCCUCUCUCAACUUUUAUAAUGCCCAGGAGCACAACGGAAAGUCAAAUGCCAAACUGAUGGUAAUUCUGGGAGAAGGAGGAAAACCAAAGAACACUAAAAUCAAUGUUAAGGUUAUAAUGGACCAAACGGAAAAAUACCAAACCAAACUCCUGCAAUCACAGAUUGCACAAGAAUGUGAACGUCAAAUGCGAGAAGAAGGCAAUAAACAAAUGUCUGCUUGCUUGAAGGCUACAUACCUUGCCAAUCUCCUUGAUCAAUUUCAUGUUAUUGUUGAUGUUGAACAGCCAACUUCGGAUGUAAAGAACUUUGCCCAAUCUAUCUACUCUGUCUUGAACCACUGGGGCUACUACAACAACAGGGUCGAUCAGUCCAAGAAAGGAGAAUCCGGUAAACUUGAUGCCAAGAUCAACUUCGAUGUAGUCCAAAAAUUAAUGAACAUCACCAUUCAGCUUCCAAGUGAACAACAAAACUUUACCGGUCUUCCUAUUCCCCAUAACGCUCGCUAUCUUUUUGCAGUACACCCAGGAAUGACUCUAAAAGAACUCGAUAUGAACCGCAACUCGGAGGUAUGCGUUAUUGAUCAGAGCAAAAUUUUAACUUUUGACAAUGUCGUAGCAAAAGAACAGACAUUUGGACAAUGCUGGUAUUCUGUGCUCCAACACAUCAAUCCUGCUAACGACCAAGAUGAGCUCUCUGUUCUCGUCCGCCAAGCUAACGAUGAUCAAAAUAAGAGAGAAGUUCAAAUUGUUACCUCAGGACAACAAAUCCAGCUUUUGCCAUCAAAGAAACAAAAUACGCCUGCUGAAGUUAUUGUCAACAUGAAAUCACAAGAAGUUUCCCAGAACUCUGCCAUUGAUGUUUACACACAAUCCAACCAAAAUAAGAAACUGGUUGCCCGCAUUUACUCAAUCUCAGACAACGAACUCAAGGUUGAACUACAUGGAUCAGAACUUAAAAUCUAUUACGACGGAGAAAGCGUUCGCCUACAAGCUGAUCCAAAAUUGAGGAAUCAAGUUGUUGGCCUUUGCGGAAACUACAACGGUGAACAAUAUGAUGACAUCGCCACGCCUAAACAGAAGGUUUUGCAAAACCAAAAGCACUACACUGCUCACUGGGCUGUUAUGGACGAAACCUGCGACUCUCAGGUGCAACAAGCUCAACAAAGAGCACAAUCUGAUCGUUGGUACGAAGUAAAGUACCAGGCUGGAAAUGUAGUUAGCAACUUCGAAAACGGAAAGAAAUUCGAAGGCCAACAAAAAUCUGACCGCCAAUGGCAAAGCUCGGAAUCAUCAAGUUCUGAAUCGAAUGAGGAUGUGAAAAGUCAACUAAUAAAGAACCCUAAAUCUACAAAAGGCGAAAACCAAAAUUCUUGUGAUAUCGAACAGCGGGUUCAGUUUGUCUUAGACGGUGACCAAGUCUGUUUUACUAAACAGCAAGUUCACAGUUGCCCCAAGAACUGCGUAGUCGAAAACCAAAAGGAAAUAGAAACCGAAGCUCAUUGUCGUUCUCAAAAGGACUCAGUUGCUAAGAUGUUCAUGCAACAAAUUCGUCGUGGAUCAAAUCCAGACAUAAAUUCCAAGAAGACUAACAAGCAUGUCAAGAUCUAUGUCCCAAUGAGUUGUGCUAUAAAACAAUAGGAGUACAGCAACAAUUUUUAUAAAUGUACUCCGAGAAUAUUGUUGAAGACAUGAAAAUAAUUUGUAUGUUCAGGAAAAGUUGUGUAUAGUGUUUUUUUUUAAUUUUAAGUUUAAGGUGAAUAAAAUAAUUUUUCGCAAAAUA